AUGGGUUCAACACAACUAAGAGCCAAAAAACUCCAUGCAGUUUGUGUUCCUUUCCCAGCACAGGGCCAUGUUAACCCCAUGAUGCAAUUAGCCAAGAUUCUGUACUCCAGAGGAUUUCACAUAACCUUUGUCAAUACCGAGUUCAACCACGGACGUUUAAUCCGAGCCAGAGGCUCCGACUCCGUCAAGGGACUACCGGACUUCCAAUUCACGGCCAUACCUGACGGGCUACCACCUUCAGAUAAAGAUGCAACUCAAGAUAUUCCCUCUCUAUGCGACUCCAUCAGGAAAACAUGUCCAGGCCCUUUUAAGGAGCUGGUGGAGAAACUCAAUUCCUCUUCUAAGGUGCCACAGAUUACUUGCAUAGUUUGUGAUGGUAUCAUGGGAUUUGUGAGGGAUGUUGCCAAGGAACUAGGGAUUCCUGAGGUUCAGCUGUGGACUUCUUCUGCUUGUGGCUUCAUGGGGUACCUGCAAUAUAAAGAAUUCGUCACACGAGGCAUUGUUCCAUUCAAAGAUGAAAGUUUCAUGCAAGAUGGUACACUCGACAAGCCGAUUGAUUGGAUCCCAGGCAUGAAGAACAUGAGACUCAAGGACAUCCCGAGCUUCAUCAGAGUCACUAAUGUCAAUGAUAUAAUGUUCGACUACUUGGGAUCUGAAGUACAAAACUGUUUGAAAUCUUCUGCAAUCAUAUUUAACACGUUUGACGAACUUGAGCAUGAAGUGUUAGCAGAACUCUCAGCUAUGUUUCCCAACAUUUACACAAUAGGUCCACUUGCUUUGCUUGCUCGGCAUGUGCCUGGAAGCAAAUUGGUCAAGUUCCUAAGCUCAGGCUUAUGGAAAGAAGACACAAAAUGCCUAGAAUGGCUUGACAAACAGAAACCCGAUUCGGUUGUGUAUGUGAACUAUGGGAGCAUAGCUAUGAUCACAGACCAACAUUUGAAAGAAUUUGCAUGGGGGCUUGCAAAUAGCAAGCACCAUUUUUUGUGGAUUGUCAGACCUGAUGUUCUGAAAGGCGAUUCGGUAGUUUUACCCCAAGAAUUUUUUGAGGAGAUUGAGGAUAGGGGUUACAUAACAAGUUGGUGUCCACAGGAGCAAGUGCUCGCACAUCCAUCAGUUGGGGUUUUUCUAACACAUUGUGGUUGGAAUUCUACUAUUGAAACCAUAUCAGAGGGUGUGCCUGUACUUUGCUGGCCUUUCCGUUCCGAGCAACUUACCAAUUGCCGGUUCUUGUGUACUUGUUGGGGAAUUGGUACGGAGGUGAACAAAGAUGUUAAGCGCAAUGAGGUUGAAACACUUGUUAAGGAAAUGCUGGAAGGGGAGAAUGGCAUGAAGAUGAGGCAGGAGGCAAAGGAAUGGAAUAAGAAAGCAAUAGCAGCAACUGACAUUGGAGGAUCAUCAUACAAUUAUUUUGAGAGACUGAUUAAUGUUCUUCAUCAAUAA